CCACUAGUGGGUGCUUAGCUAUUUGGGCUGGAGUGGACUGGAUAAGACAGUUCCUCGUUGAAGAUUAUCAGGAAAACGGUCUCCUCAGUAGAUAUGUGGACAGUUAUACUUAAAUAGUUCAUGAUUCAUCCGUUCUUCACAUCUACGUCGCUGCAGCUUUACUCCACACAGUGUUUACCCACCCCCUCACAGUGACUCAGCAGAUACUGUGACAGCUGUGAUUGACCGUGAUAUCAGCCAGUAACAUGUCCAUGUUCAGCACGGGCAUCCUUGUGCUGACGUCUCCUCUCCACACCCUCCCCUUGCGCAUCGCUCCAGUGCUCACUUCAGCUGCUCAGCUUGUAGAGCGCACACUGUACGUGCACCUCCAUCCCGGGCUGAACCUGGGAAGUGGGAGCCAGCCUCGGCCAGUUUUCAUUCCACCAGUAGUGGACCUGUCUACGCUCAUAUCCCGCCUUUACAGCAAUGCAGCUGACAUAUGUGGGCAUCUGGAUGUUCGUGUUUUACUGACCAAUGUGCGCGCUCAGUCAGCUGCCAGCAGCGGGGUCGCGGCCCCAAACUGCCCUUUCCCCACACCACAAUCUCUGUCUCACUCCCCGGAGGUGGUGCUAACAGACUUUCCUCUGCAGGACCCAGGUCAGUCCCAUCAGGUCACACAGUGUCUGCAGAGGUAUACAGGCCACUGCUACGUCUGUAGCCCCACCCUCCCCUCAGUGCUGCUUCACCCACAGCUAGUGAAGCUGCAGGAGGAAGAAGAAGAAGGGCUGAAAGAGCCCGAGGAAAAGGCGAAACCUUUGGAGACCUACAGUGAUGUGGUGGUAGGGGGGACAUUUGACCGGCUCCAUGGGGCCCACAAGACGCUGCUCAACAUCUCAUGCCUGCUAGCUAACAGAAGGUUCCUUAUUGGUGUGUGUGACCAAGCAAUGCUGAAAAAAAAAGUGCUAAAGGAGCUGGUCCAGCCCUACUCUCUGCGGGCACAGAAACUACAGGAGUUCCUGCAUGAUGUCAAACCCUCGCUGCAGGUGGAGAUCGUGCCCCUGGACGACCCCUAUGGAGUGUCUGUGGUUGACCCCUUGCUGCAGUGCAUUGUGGUUAGCGAGGAGACCAGAAAGGGAGGCGAGGCGGUCAACAAGAAACGGAUUGAGAACGGCCUUCCAGCUCUCGUCCUCCACGAGAUCCAGUUGCUUAAAGACGCCCACCAUACUGAGACGGAGGAGGAGAAGAUCAGCUCCUCCAGUCUGCGAUCUCGUCUGCUGGGCACCCUCCUGAAGCCGCCUAAAGACACAUCCCAUCUCGCUCCCCUUCCAUACGUGAUCGGCCUGACAGGAGGCAGCGGCAGUGGAAAGAGCUCCAUCGCCAGGCAGCUGGAGGCUUUGGGCGCCGUCCGCAUUGACUGUGACAAGCUGGGCCAUGAGGUGUACCAGCCAGGCACUGCAGCCUAUCACAGAGUGCUGGAAGAAUUCGGGUCAGAUCUUCAGAAUGAAGAUAAAACCAUCAACAGACGAGCAUUAGGAAGAAAGGUUUUUGGAAACCAGGAGCGGUUAAAAGCCCUGACAGACAUUGUUUGGCCUGAGAUUGCACUUCUGGUGAAGAACAGGAUCAGCCAAGCCAGAGAGGAAGGUAAACAGGUUUGUGUGCUGGACGCAGCAGUUCUCCUGGAGGCCGGCUGGACAGACAUGGUCCACGAGGUCUGGGUCACCGUCAUCCCCGAGGAGGAGGCAGUGGUAAGGAUCACAGAGCGAGACGGUGUGUCCACAGAGGACGCCCUGCGCCGGCUGCAGAGCCAGUGGUCCAACAGCAAGCAAGUAGAGCACGCCAAUGUGGUGCUCAGCACACUGUGGGAACCGGAGGUCACGCGGAAACAGGUACUGAAAGCUUGGAAUCUUCUUCAGCAGAGAAUCCAACAGCGGCGAGAGGGAAAAGUUUCUGUCACUACAUCAUCUCAGCUGUGACCCGUGCAUGCAGAUACAAGCAUGUGUCAGGCCCACGGACAUGAGUGCACAAAUGACUGAUCCACAUAAGGAAACGCUGCCUUAGAAAGAAGCGAGGAUGAUGACUGUGCCAUCACAGCAAACCCAACAAGCACUCUCACUUCUUUGACCAACACUCAGUGCCUAGUUGACUUUCCAUGGGUUUUUAAAGUCUAGUUUUAUUUGAAGAUUGUGAGUUAAAAGUUGGAUGGAUGAGGAAAAAAAAUCAUAAAUGAUCCUUUACAAAAUAAAUUUGGAACUUGACAGCUGGAAUUCAUGUUUGGGAUUAAUAAAAUGUUGUAUUAUCCUAAGAA